AGAUCACCAACGCCUUGGUACAACAAUAUAGCGGGGUAGCGAUCUCACGAUAUUCUCUCGAAAUGCCGUCAGCGACUCGUGAUACCGAUGCGACUAUGGUAGAUGCGCCGGCGGAGGAGGGCGCCGUGGAGAGCCCAGCACCGGAGGAGGCGGAGGAGCAACGGAUCAGGGUGCUUUCCGGUUCAACAGAAGAAGCAGCUUCCUUCGAGUUCGAGAACGAGGAUCACACGCUGGGAAAUGCGCUGCGGUACAUUAUCAUGAAGAAUCCCGAUGUCGAGUUCUGCGGCUACUCCAUUCCACAUCCCUCAGAAGCAAAAAUGCAUCUUCGAAUCCAGACAUAUGACAAAGUAAGCGUCUACGAUGUCCUCGAGAAAGGCCUGAACGAUCUCUCGGACCUAUGUGAAGUCGUGAUGGACAAGUUCACGAUUGCGCGGGACGAGUUCAAUGCUAAGAAGGCGAGCACCACCUGACCACUUCUCUCUCCAAACGGGACGAGACACGGUUUUGGAUGCAUUCACAGGCGUUGAUCUGCACGGUUCGAUUUAUGGAUGGCGUACGGUAAGGAAAAUGGUAUUGGCUGGCAUAUAUACAAUGUCUUCUGGGUUCGAUCCUCUUUCGACUCGAGUGGGGCGGAUCUAGUUCCUUCCCUAUACACCCGUUAGCUCUGCUUCUCUUCCAGAUGCCUCUCCUCUGUGAAGGGUUUGGGAUAUAUACCUCCAAGAACCCAUUGAUGAAAUUCGCCGGCAGCCUCGCCUUCGGCUCCUCCUCCGUGC